AUGGCACAUAUCAAAUCUAACGUCGAUCUGGACUACAUGUCACCAAUGUUAGAAUGGCUGCGCCAGAGUGGCGAAGAUGAACCGUGGAGGGGUUUCACGGUCGUGGCCACGGAUAGACAGAACUGGCAGAGUCAUGUUUACCCGGCUCAGGAUCGUUCUCAGACCUGGAGUACACAAGCAGAGGUUGGAUCCCAAGAAGAGUCAUCUACAGGAUAA